AGGGUUCGGUCCGGCCUCGUAGGUGAGCGCUGAGGGAGGUGAGUGUGUGACAAAGCGCCGUGGUUGGGGCUCUGCAGUGCUUCAGAGCUGCAGCGUUCAGAGGAUCCCACAACUGCGGCGUUGGGGCUCCUGGAGGACCUCCGGUCCAACCCCCCCUUCCCCCUCAAAGCAGUUCCCUGCAGCAGGAUUGUGUCCAGACGGGGUUGGAUCUCUUCAAUUCCUUUGUGCCGGGGUUCUGCCGUUUUCCUCACAGCACAAAUGUUUGUACGUUCAGACAGAACUCCCCGGGCUCCAGGCUGUGCCCACCGCCCCUUAUCCCGGUGCUGAACAGAGCCCAGCACUCCUCCUGACCUCUGCCCUUCAGAUCAGCGCUGAUCAGACCCCUCUCAGCCAGCUCUUCUCCAGGGCACGCUGCUGGUUCGUGGUCAGUCUGCUGGCCACCAGCACCCACGGCUCCUCCUCAGAGCUCCUUUCAAGCAUCUCAGUCCCCAGCCUACGCUGAUGCAUUCGUGAUAGUAAGCCAAAAAUCUCCUGGUUCCCAACCUCAAGCAUUGCAUGUUCCAGCUGAACACUUAAAUUCACAGCUCUUCCCAAAGCAGACUUAAAAAGCAAGAUGUGAUUUUAGAGCUGCCAAAGGCUACGCUGCCCAGUGGGAGAUGGGGGUGAGGUUUGUGCUUGGCCUCCUGGUGGCUCUGUGUGCAGUGUUGCAGUGCUUCGCUUUUGAAUUCUUUCUUAAUUUAAAAACAGGCCCUCUUAGAGCUUCCAGCAGUUUCAUAGAGUUGCAGUUGAAGGAAAUAGAAGAAUGUUGCAUCGUGGCCUCAAUGCAGUUGGAAUUGCUGUUGCCCUGCAUGGCCCAGGACCUGCCUGCACAGCUGUUCUGCUCUCAGACCUGGAUCCACAUGGGCACGCUGCUGUGUCUGUACGAGGUGCUGCUGGGCUUGUGGCAGCUCCGUGCUCCCAUGUGUGAAGAUGUCUCUGGUGGAGCUGGGGAAGCAGCUGCUGGAAGCGGCGCGCAAAGGCGAAGAUGACGAAGUGCGGACGCUGAUGGCCAGCGGUGCUCCCUUCACCACGGACUGGCUCGGGACGUCCCCGCUCCACCUGGCGGCCCAGCACGGCCAUUACUCCACGGCCGAGGUGCUGCUCCGCGCCGGCGUCAGCAGAGACGCGCGGACCAAAGUGGACCGGACCCCCCUGCACAUGGCUGCGGCUGACGGACACGCCCACGUUGUAGACUUGUUAAUUAGGAACGGGGCUGAUGUGAAUGCCAAGGACAUGCUGAAAAUGACUGCUUUGCACUGGGCAGCAGAACACAACCACAGGGACGUGGUGGAGCUGCUCAUCAAAUAUGGAGCUGAUGUCCACGCCUUCAGCAAGUUUGAUAAAUCACCCUUUGACAUUGCUUUGGACAAGAACAAUCCUGAGACCCUGGUGAUCCUGCAGGAAGCAAUGCAGCAGCAGGUGGAUGCACAGCCUGAGAAAGCAGAUCCCGUCAGCAGCACCCUGACUGUCAGCUCACCAUUUGUUCUUACAGCUGGGGAUGUCCUCAGCCUCGCUGGUCUCAUCUGUGCAGCAAACACCAAAGGCGACGCAGAAGAGCUGCUGGCAGCAGAUCCUGUCCAUGCUGUGGGCAGCAGAGGGCAGCGUGUCGUCACCAUCGUCACCAACAGCAUCGCCCUGGGCAGCCUGCAGCCAGCCGGCCUCGGCCAGCCCUGCGUCAUCACCGUGCAGGAUGGGCAGGCAGCUGUAGCUGUACCUGCUGGUCAGGUUGCAGAGGAGACUGCAAUUGGGGACGGGGGUGAUGCAGAAGGAGGAGAAAAGCCACCAGCCAAGAGGCUGAAAGCAGAACAAAACAGGAACAACACAGAGGAAAAUGAGGGCAGCACUGAAGGGGAAGCACCGCAGCAGCAGCCCUGCGCAGCACAGGGGGAGCAGGACAGCAUCAGCAAGGUGUGCACAGGUGUGAGCUCAAAGGACAGCGAGGGAACCGCGUUGGAAACGGAGCAGGUGGCCGACAGCUCUGCGGGGUCUGUCACCUCCUAAUGGUGGGCUGUGGGAGUGGGGCUGGAGCAGAAAUACAGCAUUGCUGGGGCAGGAGCAGCCAGCGUGGGCUGAGACACCAAGGAGAGCUGGGGAUGUGGGGGCUGGGCUGGACCCCCUCUGUGCCAUGGGACCCCUCUGUGCCACAGCGUGCCGUGCACACACUGCAAGAGCCAGGCCAGCUCUGCAGACACACCUGUCACAUUUUUACCGAGCAGUUCUUUUCUAAAAAAAUGCCAAAACCUUUUCUAACAACAGUUGUUUUUCA